AUGGCACCUCUUCGAACCCUUGGCAACUGCUCUUUCCUGUAUCUCAUGGAAGGUGGCGUUCCUUGUGGCCAUUACUCGGCCAGAGAGUCUCGGAGCUUCGCGCUCUUGGGCGGACCACCUUACACGAUAUUCCCACAAGGACACAGGUGCAGCUGCGCCCGCAUCCGGCUUCUUCCCAAGGUGGUCUCCUCCUUUCACCUUAACCAAGACAUAUUCCUCCGUCUUUAUCCUAAACCUCACGCAUCCCGUAGAGAGCAGAGCCUACACUCCCUCCUGGGUUUACGGGCCUGCAUUAGGACAGUGCUACGAGUUAGCUCACGCCUCUCCAGGGCGAGUGACUGCACAUUCCACGAGAGCCUAGGCCCGUCGUUUGCCUUUCUCGCCCGUGUUCCUUCCACGACAUAUGCCGUGCAGCUACGUGGUCCUCGUGCACACCUUCUCUGCUCCAUUACGCCCUUGAUGCAACAGUCCAGGGGACGAUGCAGCUCUUGGUUUGGCUGUUUUGCAUUCGACAGUCUCCAACUCCACGCCCACCGCCUAGGGGUCGCCUGGCCUGAUAUGCACCGUCUGGCAGACAGAGUCCAUCUGGAAGAGCUGACUAAAAUUGGCAUCCUGAAAGGCAAUGUAGAUGACAUGGUGAAGGUUCAUCUGGGUGCAAGAUUUAUGCCACACGGACUUGGACAUCUACUUGGAAUUGAUGUGCACGAUGUUGGAGGCUACCCAGAGGGAGUUGAGCGCAUUGACCUGCCAGGCCUCAAAAGUUUGAGAACUGCCCGCAUUCUUAAGGAAGGCAUGGUGCUGACUGUGGAACCAGGCAUUUACUUUAUUGACCACCUGUUGGACCAAGCACUCAAUGAUCCUUCACAGUCUUGUUUCAUCAAUAAUGAAGUCCUGCAGCGUUUUCGAAGUUUUGGUGGGGUCCGAAUUGAGGAUGACAUUGCAGUGGCAGCCAAUGGAAUGGAGCUACUAACGUGUGUCCCACGUACUGUGGAAGAAAUAGAGGCUUUCAUGGCAGAAGCCCAAGGCAGCACCAAGUCAUUUGACUCCUUGGCCAGCCAAAAGUAGUAAACUCCACAGUGGUUGCUGCCUUCCUCUAACCAGCCAUCGUUCUGAUUUUACACCACGGCUUAGAAAAUCAAAUGUAUCAAUUCUGCACAGCAAAUUGAAUCAGGCAAGUCAUUAGGCUGGAAUGAUUACUUUAUUAGAAAUGAAGUUAGAAGGAUUCAGCACUAUACCUUGAGGUAGCUCUAAGUCUUUAUGCUUGCAAUCAACAAUUUAUAUUACUAAGUGCCAACUGGAAAGUAUUACAGCAUGAACAGUUGAAAUUAUAAAUCUUUAACAUCUCUGCUCAUCUGUAUCUUUCCAAUCAGAUCUGCAUUUUGAUAGCAGUGAUUAUUUUUUUAAAAUAGCUGUAUUAUCUGAAUGUUGCCUGUAAUCAUAAGAAAAUUCUUAGAAAUCCUAUUUUGGAAAUUUAUAUCACAACUAUUACAAAGUCUUUUUGUUAAUUGAGAGUGGCUAAAAAAGUGACACACCUACAUUUUUCUUGAUAUUGAUGGAAUGGACAGAAGUAAAUGUCUAAUAAAAAUCCUCCCUGAAAGUUGUUCAUAA